GGAAAGUUGCAGAAACCGCGAAGCGUAGAGAAAGAAAGAACUAGGGUUUUCAUCUUUGCCAUCAGAAAACGAAAAUGAUUUACGACGUUAACUCUCCACUUUUCCGAUCCUUCCUUAGCCAGAAGGGUGGCUCCUCCGACAAGAGGAAAACAGAGGAGCAGAAGCCAAAAGAGCAUAAACCCAAAGCCAGUGAGAACAAACCUAUAAUGACAGAGUGAUAACAAGUUGUUUUCAUUCGGUUGAGGAAUGAAAAUAUGUGGUAGGUUUUGUGUUGCAGCUAUGUAAUUGAAGAUUGUUUUGAUUGUGUUCUGAGUUACAUGAUGUGAUUCCAGAGUUUGUUAUUGUAGUGGUGGUUUGAUUUUGGAUAUGCUUGGAAUGAAAUAGUGUGUUCACAA